AUGUACUCUUGGGAUUUUGUUAAUCUACCAUUUCAACCAGUUGUCGAUGUUGAUGGUAUUCAUACGAGAAAUCGCGCAAUAAAAAUAUACAAAGGGAGACGCAUAGGUGACGAUGACAAUUUCAAGCAACUAUACAGAUUCUCCUGCGAAAACGUUGAUUAUUUAGCACAAAAUUUCUUAGGAAACGACAAUGAAACUAGAGGUGGAGCUCUCGGGGACAUCCAGCGAAUGAAAUGUGUCUUGCGUUACUUGGGAGACCCCGGAAUUCAGGUUGGAGUUGGAGAGAAUCUGGGUAUCCACCAAACAACGGUAUGCAAAACUGUAUGGGCUGUGUGCAAGGCAAUUAUUAUCAAAGCCAACGAUUGGAUUCGUUUUCCACAGACGACACAAGAACUGGAACAUGAAAAGAAAGUCUGGUUGUCUAAACAUCGAAUGCCCGGUGCAAUCGGGGCUAUAGAUUGUACCCAUAUCCUGAUAAAAAGACCCAAUAUCUACAAGGAUGAGUUCAUUAAUAGAAAGGGGCUCCAUUCUUUCAACGUACAAGCGACCUGCAAUGCCAAAGAGAUUUUUACAAGCAUUGACUGUAAAUGGGCUGGUUCCGUUCAUGACGCUCGUAUAUGGCGGAACUCCGAAAUAUUUAAAAUUAUGCAGCAAAACGGAUCCGGUGCUCUACUGUUGGCUGAGGAAGCAUACCCUUUAGCACCGUGGACGAUGACCCCGUAUCGAAACCCAGUAACUGCUGGCCAAAAACAGUACAAUAAGAUACAUACUCAAGAAAGAGUUAUUAUUGAAAGAUGUUUUGGUCAAAUAAAACAAAGAUUCCCUAUUCUGCAAUCUAAGGUACGCGUGAGCACUGAGCGUAUUCCUAGAAUGAUUGCAGCUUGCUUCGCUUUGCAUAAUGUUGCAAAAUAUGUUGAUGAUACUGACUUCGAACCAUAUUCAGAUUCGACCAAUUGCGAAAUAAAUCAAAGUUCGUUCGGAAUUUCUGACACGGCUGCAAACACAGUACUGCAACGUGGAAAACAACGUCGUGAUGCUAUAGCUUCGUUUCUAUUAGCCAGAAAUUAG